AUGUCCUCUUUGGUGUUUAACACUGGAGCCUUGUGUUGGCAAGUGAAGGGACAGGCUGCUCAAAAGAAGAGAGACCUAACCUGGUGCAUCAAGAUGUGGAAACUAGUAACUAUCAUUAGUUCUGAAUUCGAACCUCCUGGCGCUGAACUGCAGAGUCUUCAAGAAUAUCACUAUGAGCAAGACCGGAGUGCACUUAAACGAAAAGAGUGGGAGAGAAGAAACCAGGAAGUCCAGCAAGAUGAAGAUCUCUUUGCUUCAGGUUUUAACCUUUUUGGGGAACCCUACAAGACAAAUAAAGGUGAUGCCCUUGCAAACCGUGUUCAGAACACAUUGGGAAAUUAUGAUGAGAUGAAGGACCUGUUAACCAACCAUUGCAACCAGAGCCACCUUGUAGGAAUCCCAAAGAGUUCUGUCCCACAGACACCCAUUGACAAAAAUGAACAGAACUUUUUCCCAGAACCAAGAAACAGGAUGAUCCCAUCUCAUCAGAUCAGUGGCCACUCAUCGACAUCAAUGCCUCCACCUUCUUCAUUGUCAUCUAAUUCUACUUUACUACACAGUCACCAGAGCAGCAGGAAGUCGAGAACAGACUGGUCACGUGGUGGUCACAACUCUAGUGGGGCCCAGCCAAGCCAGUCCAGUAGUCAGCAGAGUCGGACAAAGCAUAGCACUUCCCAUGACCAGCCACAGGGCAGGUAUGAAGACCUCUAUAAUUGUCAGAGUGAGCAGCAUAAAAGUGGAGGAACUGAGGAAGCCAAUUCUAUUGCAGCAUCUUCACAUUCAAGGAGGCAUACUCAUUCAAAGUCAGCACCUGGAGAACAUACUUACAAAGAAAACAGUCAUUCAAAGUCGCCCACAGAGCUGGAGUUUGUAGGUCAUGGUCCUGGAUCUCCACUUCCUUCUACUUCUUUGCUGUCUGCCAACAGUGGUCUUUCGACCCAGAAUUUCCCGCCUGGACUUCACUGUAAAAACAGCAUGGUCCAGCAGAAGCCUACAGCGUAUGUCAGGCCUAUGGAUGGUCAAGACCAGGUACCCAAUGACUCACCUGAACUGAAACCUCCGAUAGAAAUUGAGAAUGGAUAUGGAAAUCAGUCCUUUGGAACACUGCUGGAAGGAAAAGUGAACACACCUAGCUCAAAGAACAAAGUACCAAAGCUCACCAUUCCUCCUGUUAGUGAAGUUACCCUUCCCAAUGACUCCAGCUGUGUGGAAGAAAUAUUACGGGAGAUGACCCAUUCCUGGCCUCCUCCUCUUACUGCUAUUCACACUCCUGGAAAGGCUGAGCAGACCAAGUUUUCUAUCCCAAGCAAGGUACAGGACUCCCAACAUCUGACCUCAGGAUACAAUGUACAAAAGUGGAGUGAUCCAGCAGGGAAAGUUGCAACUAAGUCAGUGCCACAAAAGUCAAUGCUUGAGGAUGAUCUGAAACUCAGCAGUGAUGAAGAUGACAAUGAGCAGGCUGCUGAAAAGACAAAAUUGAGAAACAUUCCUAUAAACAGCCUGCCGGUGCCAGCGGCACACGCGGCUGGCUUGGCACAUUCCAGUGGCGGCUCCGGGAGCUCCAGCGAGUCCGAGAGCAGCUCUGAGUCCGACUCGGACAGCGAGAGCAGCUCCAGUGACAGCGAGUGCAACGGGGAGUCACGCAGUGCCACGCCAGAGCCUGAACCUCCCUCAACCAACAAAUGGCAGCUGGAUAAAUGGCUAAAUAAAGUGAACCCCCACAACAAGACCAUCAUCAACAAUCAGAAUGAGCCUCACAGUGAGACUAGCUCCCAGGCCCAGAGUAACCAGCAGGCUGAAGGGCCAAACAAAGGGAAGCUCAACAGCAGCCUGCCCCCAACUGAUUCCAAAGACCGGGCGAUCCUUAGUCCCAUCCGAGAAAAAGCCAAACCACGAGUUGCCCAGAAAACCCCCGAGGCAAAAAGCUCCAAGCAGAAGUCACCAGCUCAUAAUGAGCCAGCUUCACAAAGGACUACUGGGAAAAAGCAACCCAAAAAGGUAGAAAGGACUUCCAGUGUAGAAGAGUAUAACUGGCCCAAACCAAAUAAUACCAGCAACACUCCCAAAGAAAAAGACACACAGGAACCCCCCGAGCAGCCAAAGGUUCGAACUAAAGCAGCAGUUGGGAAGACCGCUCCAAGGAAAGAACCACGAACGAGCACAGGUCUCACUUCAGAGAAGAAAAAAUACAGAGGCCCUAGCAAAAUUGUCCCUAAGUCCCGGGAAUUCAUUGAAACUGAUUCAUCUACUUCCGACUCAAACACAGACCAGGAGGAGAGCUUACAGGCUAAGGUAUUGCCAGCUUGUACUGGGCCUGGCAAUGGCAUCAAAGUGAAGGACUCUGGCAGUAACAUCCUCAGUGUAAGUAGUUUAACUAGCAAUGGCAGCAACACAUCCAUUGACCAGACCAGCAAUGACUUGGAGGAGCAGCUCUUUUCUCCUAUCCCAAUCGUACAAAAUGAACUUCUGUCCCCACUGAGAGAAUACGAAGAACUCAAAACUCUGUGGGUGAAAAUAGACCUUAGUUUACUCUCUAGGAUACCUGGACAAGAGCCUUUUGAGACCACAUCUGUGAAAAGUGAACCAAGAGAGGCGGCUGUGAAACACAGGCGACCAUCUCGAGAGUCCCCUACCCCAGCAACUGAAAAACCAUCCACAAAAUCCAAAAGGAAACACAAGCAGACAGAAAGCCUGGAUACCUUUGUUGAAAGCAAGAAGCAGCGUCUGGAGGACCCUUCAGCUUCAUGCCUGCUCCCACCUUGUAUCUCUCCAAUACCGAAUCACAGAUUAACCAGCACUAAAGAGAGCAGUGGUAGCUCGGUGAAGAAGGUGGCAAAGAAAAGAGAAGAGAAGCUGUUCCCUCCUCCAUUAUCUCCCCUCUUGGAUGAGCCUGUGCACCGGCGGCACAGCGGUGACAACAGCUCCUUCAGCCAAGAGACAAACAUCACAAACACCUCUCAGACCAGCAGCUCUUCCUCCUCUGUUUCUAAACACAGAAAGAAUGAAAAUAAAUCUUCUACUAACCCCAAAGGAAUCUGUGAGGAAGAAUCUCACAAUGCACCAACAGCCAACACCCUUCAUGACACUAGCCAUCUAGAAUCAGACAUCUGGUCUGCAAUGCCAACACUUUCCAAUGGGAAUUCUGAGCCCAGAAGACCCAAAAUUACAUUUGAUGAUGUGCUUCACAAUGCAGAUUAUUACAUGCAAGAGGCUAAGAAGCUAAAGCAUAAAGCAGAUGCAUUGCUGGAGAAGUUUGGCAAAGCAGUGAAUUAUGCUGAUGCUGCCCUUUCCUUCAUCGAGUGUGGGAAUGCUAUGGAGCGAGAUCCAUUAGAAGCUAAAUCUCCAUACACCAUGUACUCAGAGACUGUGGAACUCAUCAGGUAUGCAAUGAGACUCAAGAAUUUCACAGGCUCUUCUGCCACAGAAGGGGACAAGAAAUUAGCAGUUUUAUGCUACCGAUGCCUAUCACUUCUCUACUUGAGAAUGUUUAAACUAAAGAAGGACCAUGCUAUGAAGUACUCCAGAUCUCUGAUGGAAUAUUUUAAGAAUUCUUCAAAAGCCUCACAGGCCCCCUCACCUUGGGGCGGCAAUGGAAAGUGA